AUGGCCACGGCCGAUCCAGCCUGUGAUGUGGCCGUCUCCGACCCUACGGCUUUAGACAUGGCCGGUACUGAUGCCACUGAUGUGGCCGGCCCUGAUGUGCCAAAUAAUGUUGCUUGGGACGCCUUGCUUCAUGGUACUGAUGGUCCAGAUAAUAACGAGAUCUCGAUAAACUAUGUCUUUGUUUUGACUGUUGACACCAUUAGUCUUCUUCCUCUACAUUCUUCGAGUUCCUUGCUUCUUAAGGCGAAGCGUAACCCUAAAGUUCCCUAUUUUUUUAAUUCAAUAUCUUCCUCUCUCCUCAUGCUGAAGCUCUUCACAUCCCAUCACGUAGCUAGCCGGUGUAGGAACAGGAAUUCCCACAAAUUGGCUCGUCGAGCUUUCUUCUCGACACUAACCGAUUCCAAGCCUACCGACACUGUCUCUGCUAAACCAUGCCUCGAGGAUUGUCAAACGGUUGUAGCAUUGCCGUUGCUUCGCAAGCCUCUUAUUCCUGGUUUUUACAUGCCACUCUUUGUCAACGAUCCUAAAGUACUUGCAGCUUUACAAGAGAGCAAAAGUGGACAAGCUCCAUAUGCAGGAGCUUUCCUUUUGAAGGAUGACAAAUACUCUUCAACUGCUUCAUCUUCUUCUAGCUUUGAAACAGUGAAUAUCCUAGAUAGGUUGAAAGGCAAAGAGUCGCUUAACAAAAUUCACCAAGUGGGCACACUUGCUCAGAUUUUAAGUAUCCAAGGUGAGCAAGUCAUCCUUAUUGGUCGCAAACGACUUCAAAUAACAGAGAUGCAGAGUGAAGAUCCUCUAACUGUCCAAACUCAUCAUAUAAAGGAUAAGCCAUAUGACAAGGACGAUGAGGUCAUCAUCAAGGCAACAUACUUUGAAGUUAUUUCUAUGCUUAGGGAUGUCUUAGAGACAACAUCACUCUGGAGGGAUCAAGUUCAGACAUAUACACAGGAUAUUGGUGGCUCCAACUAUCGAAAGUUGGCCGAGACUAUACUACAAAAAAGAAGAAGAAAGUUUACCGGUUUUGGAGCUGGGAUCUUUGACGCUAAUGACCUCAAUUAUAAAAAGUUAACCGGUUUUGGAGCUGGGGUCUUUGACGCUAAUGACCUCAAUUAUAAAAAGUUAGCCGAUUUUGGGGCCGGGAUCUCCGGUGCUAACAAACAUAAAAUUCAGGAGGUUCUUGAAGAAUUGGAUGAGGAGUCUGGUUCUGCUAAAUACGUCAAAAAAACUCGACCUUCUGACAAGUUUAGGGAAAGGGUUGACAUAAAACUUAGUUUGGAGGAAAUUCCAAAACAUGUAGUAAAAGUCAUGGAAGAAAAGUUCGAAAAACUUGAUAGGGGAGAAAAAGAUUGCCGUAGCACCGAUAGUAUCUAUAACUACCUUGAUUGGUUGACAGCGUUGCCUUGGGGAGAAUGCAGUAAUGAUAGUUUUGAUGUCUUACGGGCAGAAAAGAUUCUUGACGAGGAUCACUACGGUUUACAUGAUGUAAAAGAAAGAAUACUAGAGUUUAUUGCUGUCGGAACACUUACGAGCAAUCCACAAGGUCGUGUCUUUGCCUUUUCGGGAAAGAUUAUUUGUCUCUCUGGCCCUCCUGGGGUAGGAAAAACAAGUAUUGCUCGUUCUGUCGCACGUGCUCUUAACCGCAAGUUCUUUCGGCUCGCUGUUGGAGGACUAUCUGAUAGUUCGGAGAUCAAGGGGGAACGUGGAAUAUACAUUGGUGCCGCUCCAGGAAAGAUGGUGCAAUGUCUAAAGGAAGUGGGAACAGAGAAUCCUCUUGUUCUUUUCGAUGAGAUUGAUAAGCUUGGAAAGAGUAGUAGAGACGAUCCAGAGGGUGCGUUGUUGGAGCUUCUGGAUCCACAGCAAAAUACACAUUUUCUAGAUUACUUUCUUGAUGUUACUAUCGACUUAUCAAAGGUUUUGUUUGUAUGCACAGCAAACGAUACAUAUAAGAUUUCGGGUCCACUGCUAGAUAGAAUGGAGGUUACUGAACUCGCAGGGUACACUACCGAUGAGAAAAUGCAUAUUGCUAGAGACUAUUUGCUGAAAAAUGUAAAAAGAAAAUGUGGAAUUAAGCCUGAACAGGUUGAUGUGAGCGACACGGCUCUUCUUUCCUUGAUAGAGAACUACUGCGGAGAAGCAGGAGUUCGAAAUCUCCAGAAGCAUAUUGAGAAGAUUUUUCGUAAGAUUGCUCUUAAACUUGUACGCCAACAAGCAUUCGCCAAAGCGGCUAUGACCGAUUUAAAGUCCUCGGAAACCGCUGCUGAAGGAUCCAUUGAGUUGACAAAUGAAUAUUUACGAUUAGCUGACGUUCUUAAGGUAUUCGAAUACGCAGUUGGUGGGGGUCCAACGAGGGAGAAGAGCAGAGAGGUAGCUGAAAAAUUACACUAUAUAUUCCAAAAGUAUUUUCAACUUGGAUACCACGCAAUCUGA